CUUUCUUAUUAAAAACGGUUUUACAUAAGAACCAGCGCGUUCGGAAAAGUUCGUCGUGAAAUGUGUUUUUGCAAAAUCAACGCAGACUUGCGAAAAGACAUUGAUAUAUUGCGAUCAUUGAAGACAUUCUAAAAAAAAAGAAUGUAAUUUCUUCUUUCCAUCCAUCCGCACAGAACAAAUAAAUGGACUUUAACGAUGUUAUCUACAAUUGAAACACGUGGUACUAUUCUUGUGGUUAUUGCUUUAGUGGUGAGCGGAACAGAGAGUUUUAGCUGUUUGCCGGGAUGUGUGUGCACAGGAGUGAAUAUAACAUGUACGGAAAAGGAUCUGCUGAGUAUACCAGAAUUCAGGGACAUAAACGGUGCAAAUAUAGUGGAUCUAUCCGGCAAUCAGAUCGAAGAGAUCGAUCUGCAGGAUUUGAAUUGGAAAGGGAUAGAGCAACUGCAGUUCCUCUACUUGAAUUUGAACAGCAUCGUCUUCAUGCACGAGAAGGCAUUCGUUGUGUUGCGCAACUUGGAGUAUCUGGAUUUGUCUAAUAACUAUUUGGAAUAUUUGCCAUCUCGAAUGUUUGAAACUAAUGGCCGUCUUGCAACAUUGAAUUUGGCUGGUAAUUUUUUCGGAAACAACGUACCUGCUAUCGUUUCGAAUACUUUAUUAAAAUUGGAUUUGUCAUUCGCGAAAAUCACGCACUUUGGCUAUGAAAACGUUAAGCAUUUGCCAAAAUUACGGGAUUUAAAUUUACAAGCCAACAACAUCGUGUACAUUAAUCCAGCUAUUUUUAACCCAGAAAUAUCUGUGAUUCUAUCUUACAACACUUGGGCAUGCAAUUGCAGUACAAUCGAAGUCUACAAUUGGGCUGCGCAGAACAGGGAUAGGAUUGAAGUCGAGAAUCCUAUAAAAUGCAUGAACUCAAAGAACUACAUACAAAUGUUCAACCGAUCGGAUCCGUAUCCUUACAAGGAGUCCUGUAACAUUGACGAGGCCACAUUUGGUAUAGCCAACAUCAAAAAAUUAAGUUUGAUCAAAGGUGAGACCAGAGAAGCUAUUCGAUCUCACAUUGAACGAAUUCAAAUUGAUGAAGAUGAAGAAUAUUAUGCGAGAGCAACUGCACUCUUCAGCAUAGUGGUCAUACUGAUUGUUUUACUGGCUGUAGCAGUUGGUGGUGCUUUUGGUUUCUACUUUGCUUACUUAGUACAACAUAGGAGACGGCAUAACGUGCGAACAGACCGUCUCUUAAGCUUAACUUAACCGAAUAGACUGAUAACAAUUGUUAAUCUUUGUAUUUUUAUAAUAUAAUAUUGUAAAUAGUGUUUAAGGGUUAAUGGUGAUUACACAUUGUAAUUCCAAUUGGAUAUGUAAAUAAUAAAAUAUAUUGUUAAGGCUAUUACUAAAAUAAAACUUCGUGCGAACUUUUUAACUUA